UCCUCAUUUCUUUCUUUAUGUAUGAAUUCCCGAACUAACAUUGCGUUCUUUGCUUUAUGUGACCGAAACUCAGAAAUCACACUUUUUCUCUCUCUUCUUAAAAUUUUGUUCUUCUCCUCAGACAAAAAACCCUGUCCUAAAAAUAUCAAAAGAUAAAAAAUGUCUUCUCCUAGCAAGCGCCGUGAGAUGGACUUGAUGAAACUUUGGGAUUGUGUUUGAUUUUUGUGAACUAGGAUGAUGAGUGAUUAUAAGGUGGAGAUGAUCAAUGAUGGCAUGCAAGAAUUUUAUGUGGAAUUUCAUGGACCCAGUGACAGUCCUUACCAGGGAGGUGUUUGGAAGAUAAGGGUAGAGCUUCCAGAUGCCUACCCUUACAAGUCUCCGUCGAUCGGGUUUAUCAACAAGAUAUAUCAUCCUAAUGUUGAUGAAAUGUCUGGUUCAGUUUGUUUAGAUGUUAUUAAUCAGACUUGGAGCCCUAUGUUUGACUUAGUAAAUGUUUUUGAAGCGUUUCUGCCUCAACUUCUAUUGUAUCCGAACCCAUCAGAUCCCUUGAAUGGGGAAGCUGCAGCUUUGUUGAUGCGUGAUAAAGCUACAUAUGAGCAGAGGGUAAAAGAAUAUUGCGAGAAAUAUGCCAAGCCCGAGGAUAUUGGUGCAGUACAGGAGGAUGAACAAUCUAGUGAAGAAGAGCUGAGCGAGGAUGGUUAUGCCUCUAGCGAUGGUGAUGAUGAGGUGGCCGGCAAAGCUGACCCUUGAUGCUGAAUUUAACUGUCUAUCUGUACAUUUAAUCUUAUAAAAGUAAAAAAGAUGGGAAAUUGCUCUCUGAAGGGUAAGUUUGAUGGAAAAUAAUAUCUGAAGACUUCCCUUCUAUCUCUUUAGCCUUAUGUAUAUUAGUAAACCGAGAAGUAUCGCGAAUGAGGGACAAGGCGUAUAUUCAUUCAUGUCAUGGAUUUGAGGUAAUUUCUAGAUGUCAUUAAGAAAAAAACAUAAACGUUAUGGAAGUUGGUUGGAAUCAGGAAAUUUUCUAUCGGAGUUGGUUGCUGUAA